GGAGCGCCCCUGUUAAUACGUCAUUUUUAUGCGACUUGAAGUGGUCAGUAGCAGAAAGAAACAAAACAAAACAAAACAUGACGGUGUGUAAUUUUUUUCUUCAAGGGCGCUGUCGUUACGGCGAUAAAUGCUGGAACGAGCAUCCGAGAGGAGGAGGAGGAGGAGGCGGAGGAUAUAACAAUUACAACCGCUCUUCGGCUCCGCAGCAGUCCCGAGGAGGUGGUGGAGGGUAUGGCAACAGGGUCUGGGUGAAUCCCUCUCAGCAAAAAGGAGGCUUCAACCAGCAACAGUCCACCCGCGGGAGCGAUCAGUGGGGCGGGAGAGGACACGACGUGAAGAGCUCCGAAUUUAGCUUCUCGUCUCAAAACCGAUUCUCAGCACUCAACAACAACAACAACUUUGAGAGGGGAGGAGGAGGAAGAGAAGCAGCGGUAGCCGGCGAAGAAGAUGAUGAACAAAAACUAGAGAACAUUCAGAGCGACAUCAAGACUUGGGAGAGCUCGGGCCAGUGGGGUUUCUCAUGUUAUUGUAAUUUCAAAACACAAUUAUCUGGGUUUAGUGAUCUAUCUCCAGAAGAGCUUAGGCUUGAAUAUUAUUCCACCAAAGCAUCAGGAAACAUGCAGAGUUAUUUGAAUGGCAUCAAUCUGUUGCUCAGUCAGUGGAGAAGCAGAAUCCAGGAGCUGCUGCUAAUGAAUCCAGGCACUCGGGCGGCUUUGCUGGCAGAACUAAAAAAUCCAGCACAUCAGGCACCCUCAAGUGGCUUUGGCUCAGCACCAGCUGGAUUUGGAUCCUCUUCAUUUGCUUCGGAAAGUAAAGGAUUUGGAGCAGCACCAAUCCAGGCAAGCAGUUUCAGUUUUGGGUCUCCGGCGAGUGGAUUCGGCUCUUCGUCCACGCCAGCAUCCGCACCAGGUUUUGGUAGUGCCAUCUCAGCCGCAACUGGGUUCGGCGCUCCCUCCUCUUCGUCUGGUUUUGGAUCUGAUGCUCCUUCAGCCGCAUCGUUCUCCUUCGCUUCUUCGUCCAGCAACAAGCCGCCAGGUUCAUCUUCGGGAUUUGGCUCGGCCUCGGGUUUCAGCUUCUCAUCUACUGCCAACUCCAACAACAACAACAAAGGAGCGUUUGGAAGCGGUUUCGGGUUCGGGGCACCUGCGGGAAGCGUGUUCGGACAGUCAAGUGCUGCCGCAAGCUCCGCUGGAGGGGCCUCGGACAGUCUGUUCUCCCCCGAGAGCGAGCUGACCCCCGAGGAGCUCGACCAGUUCAAAGCACAGAGGUUCACUUUGGGACGAAUUCCUUUGAAGCCGCCCCCUGCUCAAAUGCUGCGGGUUUGAU